AUGUCGCAUACUCCGCGUAACUUAUCAACACCUACAGAGUUUGAUGGUAGUCAAUAUGAUACUGACGAAGACGAACAGCAACUUACAGAAGUAACCCCACUCACGGCUCGUGAACGUGAUAUCUCAGGUUCACGACCUGACAAAAAAAAUGAAUCAUGGUUAACAUUUAAAACUCGGCUUAGAUAUUAUGUUCCAGUUUUCAGUUGGUUACCAACUUAUUCAUUACAUACUUUUUGGGGUGACUUUGCUGCCGGUUUAACCGUAACAGCUAUUUUGUUGCCUUCUGCUUUAUCAUAUUCUGUGCUGGCAAAGUUACCGCCUGUUCAUGUCAUUGGACCUGAAGCGCUUGUAUCUAUGCUGGUGGGUUCUUCUGUAUCUCAACAGCAAAAAUAUUUAGGCAAGGAGGAUGAUCCAGAAACCGCAAUUAUGAUUGCAGGUCUAGUCACAUUUUUUGUGGGCAUCUUGACAUUCAUUCUUGGUAUUGUUCGGUUAGGGUUCUUGGAUUCCGUUUUAUCACGCGCUCUUCUACGAGGAUUUAUUUCUGCGGUAGCGAUUGUGAUUAUAAUCGAACAAUUCUUGACCAUGUUCCGUUUAUCCGAUAUAGCCGCAGAAGAUGGAAUUGGUCAUGCAUCAUCAACAGUUGAAAUAUUUAUCUAUAUGAUCAAACAUCUUAACCUUGCUCACAGACUGACAACUAUAGUAUCAUUCUCAAGUCUUGCUUUUCUUUUAUUAUUUGGACAACUCAAAAAAAGGCUCGCCAAACGAUGGCCACAAGUGCAAUUCAUACCAGAGAUUUUGAUAUGUGUAAUAAUAUUUACAAUUUUAUGCAGAAUUUUUGGGUGGGAUGAACAAGGGGUUUAUAUUCUUGGAUCAGUUAAAGGAAGUGGAUUUAGAUUCAGAAUUCCUUUCCCACCAUCCGCUCCUCAUUUAAUAGAUUGUUUUGAAACAGCUGCUUUGAUCUCAGUUAUUGGCUUUGUGGAAUCUAUUGUGGUCACAAAAACUUACGCGACGAAGCAUAAUUACGCUGUUAGUGCCAAUCGUGAGCUAGUUGCUUUGGGUACUGCAAAUUUGGUAGGAAGCUUUUUCCAAUGCUUCCCCGCUUACGGUGGUAUGGCAAGAAGUGGUAUCAACGACAGAGCUGGCUCUAGGACUCAAUUAUCAGGGCUCAUAAAUUCUAUUCUUGUACUUUUAUGUUUGUUUUUCCUUCUUGAUGCAUUUUAUUAUUUGCCGAAACCUGUAUUAGCGGCAAUCGUUACUGUUGCUGCUAUAUCAUUGUUAGAAGAGCUUCCCCAUGAUUUAUAUUUCAUGUACAAGAUCAAAGCAUGGAAAGAUUACGCUUUACUCCUUUUGACAUUUUUAUCCACCAUCUUUAUUUCCACUGAAUAUGGCACAUUAAUUUCGGUCGCUUUAUCAUUAUUACUUGUCGUAAAACAUUCUACUUAUCCACGUAUCACAUUAUUGGGUAAGAUAGGUGAAACAGAUAAAUUCAAACCUAUCAAAGAUUUCCCAGAUCAAGCAGAACAUGUCGAAGGAGUGCUUGUGGUCAGAAUCGCUGAACCUUUGUACUUUGCAAAUACUGGUCAACUUAAAGAUAGAUUAAGACGUUUAGAAGAAUUUGGUGAUAUGAGUGUCCAUCCUUCAGAAGAAGCUCGAAUGUCUCCAAUUGAAAACGUGAUAUUUGACAUAGAAACGAUGGAGGAAGUUGAUGCUAGUGCCGCACAAAUUCUAUUAGAAAUUGUUGAAUCAUAUCAACAACGUCGAGUUAACGUGUUUUUCGUGAAAUUGCGUGAAAAUCAAAAGAAAUUAUUUGUACGCGCUGGAAUAAUGGACAAAGUUGGUCAUGAUCAUUUCUUUAAACGAAUUCCUGAUGCACUUGAAUAUAUUAAUAGAGGAGGGUUUAUUAUUGGUUGA